AUGGCUCAAAUCAAAUGUACUCAAAUUGCCCUAACUGCUAACAAAAAAAUAAUAAUCUUAUCUGUUUACUCUUAUCUUCAAAAAAAUAUGCUCAAACAACAGACAAAUGAAGCCACCAAUCUUCGUAAGGAAGUUUCUUUGGUAACAGGAGUUGGUGAAGCAACCAUUGCUCGUGUAGUUGCUGAAUUUAAUGAGACUGGAAAGGUAAAAGUGGUCUUCCUCUUUCCCUUAGAGCCCUUAUCAUAA